AUGGAGGAAAGGCCAAAGAAAUAUCCAUUCUACGAAAAUGGAGUUUACGGUAGGGUUGGUCUUUGUACGCACGCCCGUACAAACAUCCAAAUGAAGCGAGAGUGCAAAGCAAAUGUAGGUGAAGAAGCUUAUGCUAGUGCUACUCUUGACUUGUAUUCCUUAUUCUUCUUCUUACGUCUUAGUAUCUGA